AUGGCGACAGAGCAGGAGAUUAUUAGGAAGGAAGAGUUCCUUCCCAACAAUUGCCUGCUCUGUAACAAAAGACUGGCAAUGGGCAGGUGUCACACAGACUGUAUCCAGAGACCUCUCUCUCUUGGCUUCCGUCAGCUUGGUAAGCUGGUGGGAAGGUACCCCUGGUGGUUCCUAAUAAUUCCUUUUGUUUUAUCUGCUGGGUUGGGAGCCGGCUUUUACUUUUUACAUGAGAGGAAAGCGAACGACAUAGAGGAUCAGUUCACACCAAUUGGAGGUCCAGCUAAAACAGAACGAGAAUUUGUAAUAAAACGUUUUCCCACCAAUGACUCUGGGCAGUUUUCUGCACAGCGACUGUACACAGAAGGUUCUUUUGUCUCUCUCAUAGCAGUCAGCACGUCUGAUAAUGUCAUAAAUGUUAACACGUUCAAGGAGCUUGUGCAGCUGGAUGAGAUGGUGCAGAACUUCACAGUGAUAGGACUUGCAGCUAAUGCAACGCUCGCAUUUCAGCAAAUAUGUGCAGAGGUCCAGGGACAAAAAUGUAUUACAGCAAAUCCGCUCUUAUCUGCAGUAGAAGGUAAUGUGAGUCUGAUAGAGACAAUACCUAUAAGUUACCCCAUGUUUCAAAAUAGAGCGUUCAUAGGAACAUACCUGGGUGGAGUGACACUGAAUUCAGACAGUACUGUGAAAGAAGCCAAAGCAAUCAAAUUAGUAUAUUAUUUGAGAGAAGACAGUCAGCACGACAAAGAAAACAGCCUGCAAUGGAUCAACCACUUUAUCAAAUUCUUUGCAAAGAAUGCCUUACAACUCAAUCACAUCAAGGUAUCUUAUUUCACGUCAGUAUCACGACAGCAGGAAUUUGAUGGCACAACAAAGACUAUAAUUCCGUUGUUUUCUAUUACCUAUUUUGUCACCAUAUUUUUUUCCAUCAUGUCCUGUGUAAGGUUUGAUUCUGUGAGGAACAAAACUUGGGUGGCUGGGUUUGGAGUCAUUUCAUCUGGAUUGGCAGUUCUGUCUAGUUUUGGCCUACUGUUGCUAUGUGGAGUGCCCUUUGUCAUUACUGUUGCAAAUGCUCCAUUUCUCAUUCUUGGUGUCGGGGUGGACGACAUGUUCAUUAUGAUUUCAAGCUGGCAACAAACUAAAGUAAAAGAUAAAGUUGAAGAAAGAAUGGCGGAAACGUACUCUGAAGCUGCUGUUUCCAUAACAAUCACAACACUCACAGAUGUUCUAGCUUUCUACAUUGGAAUUCUGACCUCUUUCCGAAUAUGGUCCUAGAGUUAUGGUUGUGGUGACUGAGGAGGUUUCAUACUGGGAUUCCGAUGUCCAGAGUAAAAUUGACAGGUGCCUGGAGUCGUUUAUAAAUAACUCCUACGUUAGUGAGUCUUUCUCAGAGUCCUGGUUGA